AGCAUCUCUGGUGUCUAGCUGAAGCUCCUCCACGAUGGAGUCUCAUCACUCCUCAUCUGUAGGAGAACCCCCUGUCCCACAAAUGCAGAAAUCCACAGCAGAACCUCCAGAGCCCAGCUGUGUGUCUAUGAAGAGUAACAGGUCAAUAUUUGAACCUCCUACCUUCAGUAAUAAAGGAGAACCUCCAGAACCCAGCUGUGUGUCUAUAAAGAGUAACCACUCAAUGAUUCAACCUCCUACCUUCAGUAAUAAAGGAGAACCUCCAGAACCCAGCUGUGUGUCUAUAAAGAGUAACCACUCAAUGAUUCAACCUCCUACCUUCAGUAAUAAAGGAGAACCUACAGAACCCAGCUGUGUGUCUAUGAAGAGUAACAGGUCGAUGCCUGAACCUCCUGCCUUCAGUAAUAAAGGAGAACCUCCAGAGCCCAGCUGUGUGUCUAUGAAGAGUAACAGGUCGAUGCCUGAACCUCCUGCCUUCAGUAAUAAAGGAGAACCUCCAGAGCCCAGCUGUGUGUCUAUGAAGAGUAACAGGUCGAUGCCUGAACCUCCUACCUUCAGUAAUAAAAGAGAACCUCUAGAGCCCAGCGGUGUGUCUAUGAAGAGUAACAGGUCGAUGCCUGAACCUCCUUCCUUCAGUAAUAAAGGAGAACCUCCAGAGCCCAGGGGGAGGAGUGGUCUGGUCCAGGAUCAGUGCAGGUGUGGAGUGUGUGAGCAGCUUCUGACAGAUCCAGUCUCGAUCACCUGUGGACACAGUUUCUGCAGACAGUGUAUCAGCAGCUUCAGGAACAAAACUGCUCUGUUAGGAGACUUUAUCUGUCCCUGCUGCAGAAAGAACUCUAGAACACGUCCUGCUCUACAUCCACACAUAGAGGAGUCUAGAAAGCAGGAUUCCUACCAACCAGUGGAUGAUGUUCUGCAGAGAGUCUUUCAGAAACACAAAACCAGCAUGAAGAACAGGUACGAAAGCUUAUUUGAGGGAAUCAAAACACCAGAGAAUAGAACCCUCCUGAACAGGAUUUACACUCAGCUCUACAUCAUAGAGGGAGAGAGUGAAGGAGUUAAUAAAGAACAUGAGAUUCUAAAGAUGGAGAAACAAUCCAGCAGAUACUUACAGGACACUCCAAUCAACUGCUCAGAUAUUUUUAGGCCUGAAGAAAAUCCUGAUCGAGAAACUGAAGAUGAGCACAUUAGAGCUGCAAUGCUUAGUGGUCUUGGAGAAAUCAAAAUAAAAGAGGACAAAGGACCAAAGAAGAUCCGAACUGUCCUGACUAAAGGAAUUGCUGGAAUUGGGAAAACUGUCUCUGUGCAGAAGUUCAUUCUUGACUGGGCUGAAGGAAAAGCCAACCAGGAUGUGGAUUUCAUGUUUGUGCUUCCGUUCCGAGAACUGAACCUGAUUAAAGAUGAUCAGUACAGUCUUCAUAGACUUCUGUGUGCCUUCCACCCUGAUCUCAAAGAUCUGGACCCUAAGAUCUACAAUACAUGCAGAAUUGUGUUCAUCUUUGAUGGACUGGAUGAAAGCAGAAUUCCACUGUACUUUGAGAGGUGUAAGAAAGUAUCUGAUGUAACCAUGACAUCAUCAGUUGGUGUGUUGAUAUCAAACCUUCUUGAAGGCGAGCUGCUGCCCUCUGCUCACAUCUGGAUUACCUCCCGGCCCGCAGCAGCCAAUCAGAUUCCUCCUCGGUACAUCAGCCGUGUGACAGAAAUUCAGGGAUUUAAUGAGCCACAGAAGGAGGAGUACUUUAGGAAGAGGAUCAGUGACCAAGACCAAGCCCAGAAAAUCAUCUCCCACAUUAAGACAGCGAGGAGCCUCCACAUCAUGUGCCACAUUCCCGUCUUCUGCUGGAUCUCAGCCACUGUGCUUCAGAAAAUCCUGAAACAGAGUGAUACAGAAAUCCCUAAAACUCUGACUGAAAUGUACUCCCACUUCCUGAUCACUCAGACCAGCAUGAAGAAUGAGAAGUAUGAGGGAAGCUAUGAUAGGGAUACAGAAGAAUUGCUGGAAUCCAACAGAACUGUGCUCCUGAAACUGGCUAAACUGGCUUUCUAUCAGCUGAUGAAGGGGAAUGUGAUGUUCUAUGAAGAGGACCUGAGAGAGAGUGGUAUUGAUCUCACAGAGGCCUCAGUGUAUUCUGGGAUUUGCACUGAGAUCUUCAGGGAAGAAUGUGUGCUUUAUCAGAGGAAGGUCUACAGCUUUGUUCAUCUGAGCUUUCAGGAGUUCCUGGCUGCUCUGUAUGUGUUUCACUGCUACAUGAUCAAGAACAUGGAGGUACUGGAAGUUUUUGAAAAAUGGAUCAGUAUGUUUGAAAAUGUUUCACUGGAUAAACUCCUGUGUGGAGCAGUGGAUGAAGCCUUAAAGAGUCAGAAUGGACACCUGGAUCUUUUCCUCCGUUUCCUGCUGGGCAUCUCACUGGAGUCGAGUCAGAAGAUCCUACGGGGGCUCCUGAUGCACACAGUGAGCAGCUCAGAGAGCAUCAACAAAACAGUGCAGCACAUCAUAGAGAAAAUGGAAGAUAGCAAUCUUCCUAAUGACAGAUCUGUUAACCUGUUCCUCUGUCUGACUGAAGUGAAAGACCAGCAUUUAUCCAGAAAGAUUCAGGAGUUCCUAAAAUCAGAGAAACGCUCAGAAUAUAAACUCUCUGCUGCAGAGUGUUCAGCUCUGUGCUACAUGCUGCAGAUCUCAGAGGAGGUGCUGGAUGAAUUAGACCUGAAGAAAUACAGCACAUCAGAGAGCUCCUAUAUGAAACUUUUUCCAGCUGUGAACAACUGCCGAAAGGCUCUACUAGCUCACUGUAAUCUCACCGUGAAGCACUGGGAAAGUAUCUGCUCUGUUCUGAAAUCAGAAAACUCCUCCCUGAUAGAGCUGGACCUCAGUAAAAAUGACCUGCAGGAUUCAGGAGAGGAGCUGCUCUCUGCUGGACUGAAGAGUUCACACUGUAAACUGCAGAUACUCAGACUGGCUUUCUGUGAUGUUGGUGCAAAGACAUGUGAAGCUCUGGGCUGUGUUUUAAACCUGGAAAACUCCUACCUAAAAGAUCUGGACCUCAGUAACAAUGGCCUGCAGGAUUCAGGAGUGGAGCUGCUCUCUGCUGGAUUAAAGGGUUCACACUGUAAACUUAAGAUUCUCAGACUGGCUUACUGUGAUCUUGGUGUUAAGACAUGUGAAAUACUAGGAUCAGUUUUAAACUUGGAAAACUCCUCCCUGAAAGAGCUGGACCUUAGUAACAAUGACCUGCAGGAUUCAGGAGUGGAGCUGCUCUCUGUUGGACUGAAGAGUUCACACUGUAAACUGGAGACACUCAGAUUAUCUGGCUGCAUGGUCACAGAAGAAGGCUGUGUUUCUCUGGCUGCUGCACUGAGUUCAAAUCCCUUCCACCUGAAAGAACUGGAUCUGACCUACAACCACCCAGGAGAUUUAGGAGUAAAACUGCUCUCUGCUAGACUGCAGGAUCCAAACUGCACACUCAACACACUCAGAGUUGAACAUGGAGGGAAACUUAGAAUCAAACCAGGACUUAAGAAAUGGUUCUGUGAUUUCACACUGGAUCCAAACACAGUAAACCCUCAUCUCUCUUUGAGUGAGGACAACAGGAGGGCGAUGAGGAGAGAGGAACUGCAGUCGUAUCCUGAUCAUCCAGAGAUGUUUGAUUAUUGGCCACAAGUUCUGAGUAGAGAGAGUGUUACUGGGCGCUGUUACUGGGAGGCUGAGUGGAGCGGAAGAGGAGCUGCUGUAGCUCUGAGUUAUAAAACCAUCAGCAGGAAAGGAGGAGAAUCAGACUGUUGGUUUGGAGGGAAUAUAAACUCCUGGAGUCUGAGCUGCUCUGAUAACAGAUACUCUGUUUAUCACAAUAAGAAAAGAACCGCUCUCCGCCCUCCUCCCUCCGGCUGUAGGAGAAUAGGAGUGUAUGUGGACUGUCCCGCCGGCAUUCUGUCCUUCUACAGCGUCUCCUCUGAUACACAGUCACAAACAAACACACACUUAUAUACACUUAACACCACAUUCACUGAGCCCCUCUAUGUAGGAUUUGCUGUUUAUGAUGAUUCCUCAGUGUCAGUGUAUGAGAUAGAUUAAUCUUCCCUCUGUGAGUAUGAGUGUGUGAGUGUGGGUGUGAGUGAGUGCGUAUGAAUGUGAUUGUGUGAGUAUGAGUGAGCAGGGCUCUAAACUAGCUUUUUGCACUGGUUGCACUGGUGUGCCUAAUUUUGUUUCUUAGGUCAACCUGGAAAAGUUUUGGCAACCUUGCAUUAAACAUCACAGUUUUACAGGUUCACUUGAAAUACAGGCAAUUGAAUAAAGGUACAUGUGUAGACCUCAUAGACCUACAAAAGUUUGUAGGUCUAUGAAAAAGAUAUAAAUUAAGUCUUAAUCACAAACAAAUAUAAAACACAUCAUACAAACAUUUUCACUGUUUUUAUUAAUACAUUCUUAAUUCCUGUAAGCUUUCAUCACCCUUAUAAAACAGAGCAUAAUUUUGACUGACAGAAUUGAGCUUUGAACUGUUGCAUGUGUUCACAAGACAGUCCAUCUUCAUACGUCCUCUUUCACACGUUUAUCCUUCUGAACCACUAAAGAACGCUAAUCACCUGUAUCAGGAGUAGUUUUGAUUACAGUGUUUAAUGUAAUAUUUCUUUUAUGUUUUAUAGAAAAUAAAUUCACUGGAACUGCUUAUA